GUAUUCACUUCAUCGUUGGAUAAUUUGAUAAUUGAUUGCUAACGAUGGAGCUGCUGGUUUCGCAGAAGCACAGCAACGGUUCCUCGCCCCAUCUGGUUAGCUCCCGCCGGCUCAGCAGUGGAAUCGUAAAUCCGGCAGCCACCUUGGAUCUCGAUGACAGUAGCAGUAUUAUCAGCGAUAUCUCGAAAAUUCCUCGCGUCCCCGGCGACGGAGCCCAGGCAGAGGAUGUGGACUCACACGUCGGCUCUGCGAGCACGGUGGAAGCCCGUGGAAAGCUCGAACGGCUGCCUGAGUUGUCUCUGCAACAGCAGAAUCCACCCCAACUAAGCAACGGAGAUUUGCGGCUUACUUCGACCGGUUGCGAAAAUGACUGCAGUGGGAAGGGUGACAGACCGAAACCGAAUGGUUUACCCACCCCGCCAGCGACAUUCGAUGACACCAGCAAUGGUAAAUGUGGUGUUGGUGGUGGCGGGGAAGAAGGAGGAGGAGGAGGAGGAGAAGGGGAUGACAAAGGUGGCGGAGGAGGAGGAGGUGCCGAUGCAGCUCCAACCGGAAAUGCUAACAAUUCCACGCAACCUCCGCUCAGCAGUAACACAUAUUCGGCCUUUAAGAGAGGCAACGUUAUUAAAGGCAUCCUAUGUCCAUCGAUGACCAACUCCUUUCGGGCGUCGUCCUUGGAGCGUUCAUAUCUAACUUACUCCCACCGGCAGCGCCAAAAGUCCCUCAUCCUGGUAAAUGUAGUGGAUUUGGUGCUCAAGAUAGUGUUGGCUUCCGUUUGGAUCGGUUUCAAUAAUCCCGGGACCGUCAAAGCCCACGAAAUUACCUGGUCGGUGUGCUGUGUAAUUUCCAACUUCCUGAUCUGCGUGCUGGGCAGCUGGCGGCUGUUCGCCAAUAAUUACCUACACUGGGCUGCCGUAUGCACCUGGUUGCUGCUGAAUUUGCAGGGUUUCAUCGGCGAAGGGAUGGGAUUCGCCGAACGGGAGUAUCUGAUCUGGUACGUGCUUUUCAUCAUCUUUGUGCCGUACGCGAUGCUGCCGUUACCGCUGAAGUGGUGCAUGAUCGCCGGUUCGGUUUCGGCCAUCUGUCAUUUGAUUGUCACCACGAUCAAUAAGUUUUUGCACGAAAGGGACACGGCGUGCAUUGUCCGGCAGAUGAUUGCCAACUCGUUGCUCUAUCUGGCGAUAAACUUUGCCGGAAUGUACACCAAGUACCUAACGGACCGUGGCCAGCGGCUGGCAUUCAUCGAGACCCACAAAGCGAUGGAGCACAAGCGCGAAUCGGAAAAGGAAUACCAACGGACGCAGCGGCUGCUGGAUUCCAUACUUCCGAUGUUCGUCAACAAUGAUAUCCGCAAGGAGAUGUACAAAUCGCCGGAACAGCAAGCCCAGGUGGAUACGCAGUUCAAAAAGUUGUACAUCUACCACAUGGACAACGUCAGUAUUCUUUUCGCUGAUAUCAAAGGUUUCACUGAGUUGGCUAGCAAGACGUCGGCUCAGCAAUUGGUCAAGAUAUUGAAUGACUUGUUUGCACGAUUCGAUAAAAUUGCUGAAGAUAAUCAUUGUUUGCGGAUUAAGCUGCUGGGAGAUUGCUACUACUGUGUUUCGAUGUUCGACAGUCAAAGCUGGAAGAGUCGACCGGAUCAUGCGGUUUGCAGCGUGGAAACUGGACUGCACAUGAUUAAGGCGAUUAAGGAUGUUAGGAUGCAGACGAAUGUCGUUGAUUUGGACAUGCGAAUCGGCAUACACAGUGGUUCGGUGAUGUGCGGAGUUUUGGGGGAAAAGAAAUGGCAUUUUGACGUGUGGUCGAACGACGUGAUCAUAGCAAAUCACAUGGAAUCGGGUGGAGUUCCCGGUAGGGUACACAUAUCGGAGGCAACGUUAAAUUGUUUGAAUGACACCUACGAGGUAGAGCCCGGUAACGGAGCCGUGCGGGACAGCCAUCUGAAGAUGAUGAACAUUAAAACAUAUCUGAUCAAACGAACGGAGCCACUAAGACCACGCAAAAGACUGAUGAAUCGAAUGAGCACACUGCAAUUCGAGAAGGAGGCAAUUAGUAAGUUGAACGAUUUAAAAAAUAGAAAGGACUCGAAAACGCCUAGCGUAGCGUCCAGUGGAACCAACAACAAUCAUAUCACAAAGCGAAGCUCGAAGUCGACGAUACAUGAGGACGAACCGACGACGGAUUGGAUUCCGGAGAUUCCCUUCAAGAACCUAAACCAAGCGGGCGUUAAUACGGCGGAGAGUUUUAGAGAUAAGCAAAAAUAUGACCCCGAGGACAGCGUUCCGUCGACGGAAGAGGUAGACGAAAUCAUUGAUCAGAAUAUUCAGAUUAAUUCGAAUAAGCAAAUGCGAAUGGAAUAUUUGUUCACGUGGACAUUGAAGUUUAAAGACGCCUCCCAGGAGGGAACGUUUUGUCAGCUUCGGGAGGAUAUGUUUCGCUCAAACAUGCUGUGCGUGUUUGUUGUGUGGAUUUUCAUUGUACUUUGUCAAGCUGUCAUAAUUCCAAAGUGUACAACUUUGAUUGUUUCGCUCUCGAUAACGACUUUUCUAUUGACCAUCGGCUGUGUACUCGUAAUGGCUGAAGAAUUUUCAGCAUUGCCAACAUUUCUACAAAAGAGCUCAUCAACAUUGGUUCACGAUCGAAAACGUCGAACCAUUUUCGUUUGUAUUACGAUUAUUCUGAUGUCAGCUGCAAGCUCAAUGGGCUUGAUUAUGUGCGAUAUGCAAGAGGGUUUUACCGUAAAUCAGAGUUCAGGUAGGGAAGCUUCCGCAGCACUCUUACAGGUUCCAGGCUCCAAGCAGGAGCUUCAACUCAAUCUGACCGUUACGGCAACCAUAAACCAAAAUUUGAUUCUGAACUCACAAAAAGUCGUUAAUUUGGAUCUUGAGACAUUGCUCAGUGAAGAAAAUAAAACUUUGAAGGAUCUGAACGAACAGGACAUUAGAUUGUAUGGAAUUAGCCCUCUCUACGUUGAGCUGCCGCAAAGCAUUAAGCUAUCCGUGCUUAAUGUGUCUGGCGAGGAACCAUUGCUGGAGAAGGUCAUAUCAUCCCGAAAACCUUCCAGUGCUCUGGACGCACUGCAACAGCACACGGUAUGCGUUCAUCCAGAAUACGUCGUAUUCACCUGGGUCCUCUGCCUCAUCUCACUUGCUACAGCUCUGAAACUUUAUUAUCUGGUGAAAACUUUCAUGGCAAUUACUAUGGUCGCUUGUUAUUCAAUACUAAUUUUGUUGGUCUUCAACGAGGUCUUCGAAACCUUCGACACGCAGUUCUUGCAGGCUAGUGGAAUGCCCUUAGCCGCUCAAAUGAUGAUUUUGCUGGUCGUCUUUCUAACAAUGGUCACCUAUCAUGCUCGUCUGGUGGAAGUCACCUCGCGGUUGGAUUUCAUUUGGAAGGAACAGGCCGAAAAAGAACUUUCCAAUAUGAAAUCCAAUCGACACCUGAACGAUCUGCUAAUUAAAAACAUUCUACCGGAUCAUGUGGCUUCGUACUACCUGUCGGAGGAACGCACCGAUGAGCUGUACGCUCAGAUGCACGAGCUGUGUGGAGUUAUGUUUGCGUCGAUCCCGAAUUUCAAGGAUUUCUACUCCGAAGAUAUCGAGAACGGAAAGGCCUGUAUUCGAAUCCUGAAUGAGAUUAUCUCGGAUUUUGAUUCCUUGCUUGAGGAGCCGCGGUUUGCUACGGUGGAGAAGAUUAAGACGGUCGGUGCGACCUAUAUGGCGGCUUCCAAUCUUUGUUCCGGUAAUAAGACAAAAGUCGACGAGAAGGACGAAGAAGCAGUUUGCGAUUUGGUUGAGUUUGCGCUAGCUAUGAGACAGAAGCUUCAGGAGGUGAACAAAGAUGCGUUCAACACUUUUCAGCUCCGAGUUGGAAUCAGCAGUGGACCACUGGUAAGUGGUGUCAUCGGGGCUCGGAAACCAGUUUACGACAUCUGGGGAAACACCGUCAACGUGGCGUCCCGAAUGGAUUCGACCGGCGAGAACUGGAAAGUGCAAGUUCCGGACUACACUGCAGCAUUGCUGCAGAGUAAAGGGUACACCUGUGUGAAACGUGGAGAAGUGAACGUGAAGGGAAAAGGACUGAUGCUGACCUACUGGGUGCUCGGCAUGAACGUGUCCGCCAGUCAGAUAACCUCCCCGGCGUUGAUGCCCGCGGGAGUACCGCAAGCCCAAACCCCAUCCCUGCAGCGACAAACGUCGCAGCACAGUUCGCUUGCGGCCGUAGUGUUCGGAAUGAUGCAGGCCUCCAAGAGGAGCAAUCUCAACACAACCCCAACCGCAACGCCUUCGCCGAGGUCCCGAUUCGGUCGACGGGGAAGCACAUUCAGCUCGGUGAGAUUGAGUCAGAAAGUGCAGUCUAACAAUCCGGUCCGGCGGAACACGACCCGAGUGCGGGCAAGAAGUUAUACCAUGAAGAAGCCGACAAUUUCCCACUCGCCAACGAUUCAGUCUCCGGACUGUGACGCAGAUAACAAUGUGAUACCAUCCUUCCGGCAGCUGCAUCAGAAUGUUAAAGAGGAACAGACUGUACUGUAACCUAGUUUGAGUGAAUAAUAUUGGUUUUGUUUUUUGUACCAAAUAUAUACAAACUUGGGUAGCGAAAUUAGCGAAUAAUAGAAGCCAAAAUAAAUCUCUUCUAGUCAUUAGAGUCAAGCACCAAGUCAAGUGAGAAACUUCCGGCACAUUUACGGCAAUGCACAAACCACAGCAGAGAGGAAUCGAAUAGGAUGCGAUUGAAAAUCAAAUCAAACUGUUUAGGCAAUAUAAAGUUGUUUAGACAAGAUAAACUUCCUACAGCAUAAUAAACCGCUAGAGAUAGAAACAAGAAAUUUCUCAUCUAUCCAUUUUACCAUUGUAACUUGCACAAAGUCUUAAAAUUGGGACGGUUUUCAUCGAAAUUUGCACAACACGCUAAUCCUUCACAAUAGAUCGGAAUUCUUUGCCAAAGUGACUGACAUUAUUUCAACCGUGCAAAAAAAAACAUUGAAAAAACUAAAACUACUGACAAGACACCUAAAUGUGAUUCUCUACGUAUUGUUACCUUUUAGUUGACAGAAAAAUAAAC